CCAACCCCAAACCAGCGGAACUUGGCCGACUAACAACACCAAGCCCUCACGAGUUGUUGUCCUACCGGCCCUAUACUCCCGCCGCCGCUUUCGCAUGGGCUGUUGCUGUCGUCACGGCAUGCCAUGAAUCCCGGGACCCCGCGAGUCGGUGCUGGCGGUUACCCGCAAACGCCAGGCCACAGAGGACAGAAUCCACGUCCACCACCGAAAGAUGCCCGACCCAGAGGCCCACUGCCUGCCGCCCCCGCUCCCGAGAAUGCACCGCCUGCUACCACCAAUAGCCAGCCGGUGAUCCCCCUCACUCUCAUCGAUGCCCCGAGCCAACGCUUCUACGCCUUCGCCAUCUAUGUUUGCCUGCUGGGAUGGAGAUUCUACGACUGGAUACAGGUGCUCGAGGACAGUGGCGGCUCCUUCUACUUCUUCUUCAAAUGGAUCCUCUUUGAUUUCGCCUUCUUCUUCUCCCUGCCCUCGCUGCGCAUCCCGUGGCUUGAGCUCUCCACAUCCACUGUCUCCUUCAUCUUCUUUGCCCACUUGGCCCUCAACUGGGUGCUCAUGUUCAACAUCCCCGUCCCUUGGACUUCCUGGCUCCUCGGUAUUGCUAAGGUCUUUUAUGACAAGGAGCUUGCCAUAUCCGAGCACAAUGUCAAGGUCUCGAGCAUUCUGCACAACUCCUCCCUCAUCAGGGGCAAGCAGAUCAUCAAUAUCCUUCCUGAGGGCUCUGCUCUUCUCAACCCCGGAAAAAAUCCCUACUGCCUCGGCCAAGGAGUGAACGUGGUCGCUGUACCCAUAUACUUCAACGCCACCGUCCCUGUCGACGUCGAGCUUAUCCGCUUUGACCUGGAAACAAACUCGCAGGAAAUCUUGAGGCUCGGCAGGAGGGAGAUCAGGGAAAUUGCCAAGCAAUCUGCCAAGUCGAUUGAGGACGGGAAUCUGGGGUUAUACAGGUACGACGUAGCCCUGAAGAAACCCGGGGUCUACCAGUUGAACCGGGUCCUCGACGAAUACAAGCUUGAGGUUCAGAGGAUCACCGAGCCGACCUAUAUCGUCCCGUGCCCCCGAGCCAGAGUCCGCGCCGCCCAGUCGGGAACCAAGUGUCUAGGUGACCUGUCCAAUCUAUUCCUCGACGUUUACGGGACUCCGCCCCUCAAGAUUGUCUACAGCCGAACGAUCAAUGGAAAAGACCACAGCUUCCAUUUCCAGAGCCUACAACCCGAGGGGUUCUCAUCCCCUAUGCUCGGUUCCCAGCGCACUCCAGGCAUAGUCCCCGUAGGAGAAGAAGAUUACUCGUGGGCCAGAUCCCAAAUGGUCGAAGUUGGCCUAAACGAAUCGAUGAACGCUGCCGGAGAGUGGCAAUAUUCUAUCGACGAAGUACACGACGCUUUCGGCAACAUCAUACAGUACCCGCAGCCUGAAGACCCUGACGCGAAGCCCAAACCGAAGCACCUAUAUCAGAACUUCGUUGUGAGGGAGCGUCCCAGGGCCACCAUCGCCGGCUGUGACUCUCGCCACCCCCUCAAGAUCGCCAAAGGGAAGGCGAGGCCACUCCCUGUUAAGAUCGGACGUCCGGGCCGAACCCCGAAGGGCGUCUUUCACACUCUGACCUGGAAUUUCUCGCCGAUCGAUACGCUGACUAAGAGCGGCGAUCAUGGCGAUGUUGUGGAAGUCGGUUCGUUCACAGCUAAGAGCAUAGAUGAUCAGCCGUAUAUCAGCGCUCCAGGCUUGUACACGCUAAGAUCGGUAUCUUGCGAGUCCUGCGAGGGAGAGAUACAGGAGCCUUCGUCCUGUCUGCUGCUCAACCCCCUCGAGCCGACAUUGACGAUCCAGGCCGAGGAGAUCCCCGACAAGUGCGCCGGAAACUCGAUCGGAUUGCGAGUAAACAUGGACCUGAUCGGAACCCCUCCGUUCAUCGUCACCUAUGAGGUUACUGGCGACGGCGAGCGUCGGCGAGAGAAGAUCUCGGUCACGGGACUGAGACAACAAAUCGACUUGCUGCCCAGGAGCGCUGGCCACUACGACUACCGAUUUGUCAAGCUCGAGGAUUCCAUCUACUCGGUCCCUUUGCCGCAGUUAGACGAGUACCAUUUAGAGCAGAAUGUUAAGCCGCCCGCGACCGCGUACUUCGUCCGCGGGUCCGAUACCAUCAGUACCUGUCUAGAUCAACCGAUCAAGCUUGAUGUCAAGCUCCUCGGGGACGGACCCUUCACGCUCGAGUGGGAAUUGGUUCACGAGGGGAGAAGAAAGGCAGAGAAGGCGGUCGGUAUCACGAGCGAUACAUUUACCAUCAAAACCUCCGCGCUGUCGGCUGGUGGCGAAUACACCCUAGCGCUAAAGAGUAUCCAGGACAAGACGGGAUGUCGCAUAUUUCUUAAGGAGGAGACUAAGAUUUUGGUGCGGCGUCAGCGGCCCCGGGCAGCAUUCGGUCCCAUCGAGAAUAAGCGGACGACCACGGUCGUCGAGGACGCCGUCGUCAAGCUUCCCCUGCGGCUCUCAGGAGAAGGACCGUGGAAAGUGUCGUAUCGCAACGUAAACGGUAGCUCCGACACCAAGGUCCGCGUCGCACGCUCCAACAACGACUAUAUCGAAGCAAAGAACAAGGGGACGUAUGAGAUCGUCGAUGUCAUGGAUGAUCAGUGCCCUGGUAUUGUGGAUACCCAAUACAACACCUUUGAAGUGAAGUGGUUCUCUCGCCCUGAACUAUCAUUUGUGGCCAGCGACGCCAUCCAGCCCUUGAAUAAGGAUAACAAGUUCCUCAAGAAGGACGUCUGCGAAGGUGAUGUCGAUGGGUUCGAAAUCUCCCUGCAAGGGUCGCCUCCCUACCACGUCGAAUACGAGAUCAGGCACAAGCCCAAGACGGGCUCGGGCUCGGUGGCUCGAAAGGAAUUCGACGCAGCUCUCGGCAAGGCCGCCAUCCCUCUCGAGACUACCAAGGCCGGGCUCUAUACCUACACGUUCUCCGGGUUAUCGGAUAACUUGUACAACGACAAGCGACGGUCGGACCCACUAACGCUGGAGCAGACGGUCAACGCGAAGCCGUCCGCCUCGUUCGUGAAGCCGGGCCAGACGGUCAAGAUGUGCAUGUCCGACGAGGGCUCCGAGGAGUCGAUCCCCAUCAAGCUGGAGGGGAUGGCGCCGUUCUACGUCGAAGUCGAAGUCAAGCACCACGCCGGAAACCUGCCCGAGAUCUUCAGGGUUCCCAACAUCCAGACCCACAGCUACGGCAUCCAAAUCCCCAGACAGUAUCUGAAGCUCGGCGGCCAGCAGAUAAGGAUCCGCAAGGUGCGCGAUGCCCGCGGCUGCCAGCAGAAGACGGAGACAGGCGGCCCCGUGGUCCAUAUCCAACUCUUCGAGGCUCCGUCUAUCUACCCCUUGGAGCAGCGGAAGGAUUACUGCGUCGGCGAGCGUAUCGCCUACACGCUCUCGGGCACACCUCCCUUCGAAGUCCAGUACGAGUUCGGCGGCAGGGUUAUGAAAGCUAAGUCGACCAACACGAACUUUCGACGCGUUGCGGAAAUGCCCGGCGACUUUACGAUUGCUAGCAUCAGCGAUAAAGGGAGCGAGUGCCGCGCAGCUGUCAACCUCACCAAGACGAUCCACCCGCUGCCGAGCGUCAGGAUCAGCAAAGGACGCGUCAUCCAGGUCGACAUCCACGAGGGCAGCGAGGUGGAAAUCCUGUUCGAGUUCUGGGGCACGCCGCCGUUCGAGUUCACGUACACGCGCAGCACGAACGAGCGCAAGGGGCAGAAGAGCCAGGUGCUGGAGACGCGGCACGACAUCAGCUACGAGCACAGCAAGGUUAUCACGGCGAGCCUCGAGGGCACGUACGAGGUCGUCGCCAUCAAGGACCAGCACUGCGCCUUUUCAACCCAAGGCGUCCAAUUAAAGGAAAAGAAUUCACUUAAGUACUAGUGGUGCUGGGCGACGGAGUAGACGGGCGCGUAAAAUCGCGCCCGAUCGCGCAACCGAUCGUCGGGAGACGGGAUCGAAUGAGUUGGUAGGAGGAUUAGGUGGGACGAAACGAGGUCUGGCCUGCCGUACUAGCAAAGUCUGACGGGGCAGGA